CUAGCUCCCAAUCAUGCAAUUAAAAAUAUCAAUUCAUUAAAUUUGUUGUCUGACAAUAAGAAGGGAAACUAUUAUUAUUGUGGAGAAAAUAAAGUUGCUCUAGUCACAGGUGCAGGAAGAGGAAUAGGAAGAGAGGUCGCUAAAAUGUUGGCAAAAUCGGUAUCUCACGUUAUAUGUAUAAGUAAAACGCAAAAAUCAUGUGAUAGUGUUGUUGAUGAAAUAAAAUCUUUGGGUUAUAGAUCGUCAGGUUAUGCCUGUGAUGUAUGUAAAAAAGAAGAGAUAAGUGAACUGAUUAAUAAAAUUUUGACAGAAUAUAAAAAUGUUGAUAUAUUAGUUAAUAAUGCUGGAAUAACUAGAGAUAAUCUUUUUUUAAGGAUGAAAAAUGAUGAAUGGGAAGAUGUAUUAAACACAAAUUUAAAUUCUUUAUUUUAUAUAACACAACCAAUAUCAAAAAGAAUGAUUAAUAAUAAAUAUGGUAGAAUAAUAAAUAUAUCAAGUAUAGUAGGUUUAAUAGGAAAUGUAGGACAAGCAAAUUAUUCUUCUUCUAAAGCUGGUGUUAUUGGUUUUACAAAGAGUUUAGCAAAAGAAUUAGCUUCCAGAAAUAUAACUGUUAAUGCCAUCGCCCCUGGAUUUAUAUCUAGUGAUAUGACUGAUAAAAUUAGCGAACAAAUGAAGAAGAACAUAAUUUCAAACAUUCCUGCUGGACGAAUGGGAACACCAGAAGAAGUAGCUAAUUUAGCUUGUUUUUUGUCCUCAGAUAAGUCGGGCUAUAUUAAUGGUCGAGUUUUUGUAAUAGACGGUGGACUAUCACCUUAA